UUUUUUUAAUAGAAGAAAUUAAAAAAUGGUGGUAUACCAAUGGGAAUAAUAUAGAGAGGGUGAAAACAGAAAACGGGAAUUGCUGGGGCGGUAUCUUUGAGAAAAACGAAGAGGGUAGGAUUGAGAGUACAGUUGUCGAAAUCGGUCUUAACAGGCAGUUUACACAGGCACAGGAGGGAGAGAAUUAGGUGGGUAAAUGAGGUGAUGUGAAAAUGUGAGUUUACUGAUCCCCACGAUUUUCUUAGUGAAAUAGGAAGCAAAGUCAUUAGACAAGUGUAAGGAUGGAGAAGAAAGUGAUGGAGGUUUGAUGGGAAGAGAAACAUGACAUAAUUCUUUAAGAUGAUGGGUGGGGCCAGCUGAAGGAUAGUAUUUAAAGCCGCGUGGAGCAGGCUGUGGAGCUCCGUUUCUCCUUGAGAGAUUAGUCCCUCUGGGCGCUCGGUAGUCUGCGUCCGUUUCCUUGGAGACGGGGAUGAGGGAUUGGUCUCGCUGGGAAGUUCCAGUGACCUAGGUUACCACGCGGUCUCCGGUGAGACCAGGAAGUCGGAGAAGCUGAAUAAGUAUCGCAAGAGGUCAGGGCUCCACAAACUCACUACUCUUCUACCAUUUCCCCAAUGGCGCGCGUCUUUCCGAAACCCAACCCGUCUGGGAUUCGCUCCGCAAUCCACAACUUCCAGAGUCUGGAUUAUGUUCCAUGGCAGCAGUCCAAGCAGAAAACCAAGUCACCUACUCUGCCUCCCAUCCUACAAACCAGAGGCCACCAGAAGAGCAAAACGAAGACUUUGACUAGCGUCCUGCCAGGGUUGCAUUCCAAGCCCACCAUGUUGAUGACAAGCCAGCCGAGGAAUCGACAAGAAAAGCACAGAGGGAGGUUGGACUCUGGGAAGACACAGGCCACAAUCCGGCUAUUGAAGACGUUGCUCAGGAACCGGCGAACCACACUCCAGGAGCUCUGCAGCCAUGAGGUCUUCCUCACCAAACUCAACGGGGAGCUCAUCAAGGCCAUCCAGGACAUGGAGGACAGCGCGGCCCUGAAAGUGCGCACGAUGCUGCAGCAGCAGGACAUCCUUGAGACGGUCAUGGACAUCUUGGAGUACUUGAACGAGAAGAAGCUGCAGGAGCUCAAGCGUGAACUUGAGGAGUGGGAGGAGAAGGAGGAGUCCAAGAUGAAGUACCUGGCGCAGCAGGUGGAACGGCUGAACGCCAAGAUCGAGAAGACCUUCAAGGAAGUGAGCUUUCUGAGCACGUACAUGGACCAUGAGUAUCCCGUCAAGUCGGUCCAGAUUGCCAACCUUGUGCGCCAGCUGCAGCAGCUAAAGGACAGCCAGCAGGAUGAGCUGGAUGACCUCAGUGAGAUGCGUACAACGGUCCUGCAGUCUUUGUCUACUCAGAUCCAGAAGAAGAAGAGAAAGCUUCUGAAAGCUCUGGUGGUGAAAAGCCAGCAGCCCCCUCAGGAGGCUCUUCUGCGGAAGAUGCAGGAUAGCCGGGACAUGCUGAAGUGCACGGACAGGUUCAGAGACGUGAGUGGGCACGGAAGGGGACGGCCCCUCUGUGAGGGAGCAGAAGGGUGGGCGUGCCCUAGGAUCUGCGGGAGUCAGGCUUGUCCUGAUCUGGCAUUCAGGAGGCCUUCAGCUCUGGGGUUGGCCUCCCUCCUAGCUAGUGCUAUUACUGUCCGUUGUUAUUCAUCUGAGAAGGAGGUUAGUGCGGGCCCAAGCCAUGCCUUCUUGACCAGCACCACCGGUGAUGGCCCAUUAGCAGCAUCACCAAGGGUCGCCUACCCACCCAUCAUUUUACUGUCAUUACCACCUCCUAUCCUCGCCGCUUAAUUCUCGCCACUGACCAUCACUUGUUAGCCAUGUUAAUGAACUUCACCGUCACCCCCUCUCGUAUUCAUUUUCAUUAUCAUCCUCCAUCCACUGUCAGUGUGAGUGGCCUUCACCGUCCCUGCCAGCCCCCAUUCAUUCUCAGCAUCCCCAUCAUCAGGUACUGCCCCCUUUGCCACCUGUCUCCAUGCUCCACGAUCUCCGCACCAUGUUCCGUACCAUCAGACGUUGGCCCUAACUUGCAAGCUGCCCUCUAGAGCCCAGGAGGCCCCUAGGACCAAGCUGUGCCAUCUCCCUAGAUGGCCUUCCUCCUCGUCUGGGUUGCCCUGUUCUCCCUUCUGUUGGGGGACGUUGGACUCCUCACUCUCCCCUGCUGUGCUGCU